CGGUUGGUGCGAGGUCCAUUCAGAGCCACUAGCAGCGCGCGGCAUAGCGGGCGCUCAGCGGCUCAGGCACGCUUGUGCUCUGUUUCCGGGCGCCCGACGCCAUGCUGCACCACUCCGUCGUCACCGUUCCGCUGGCGGCUGCCUUGGCCAUGCUCUAUGCUCGCCUCGUCGCCACCUUCGUCGGCCCUGGCCUUGGUCGCCUUCUUUUCCUCACGCCGGUGCUCGCCCUCCUCCUCGUACUUCCCUUGGCCGCCCCGCUCUACAUCACUCGCGGCACAGCCGCCUUCUUCCUCGCCUGGCUCGGCGAGUUCAAGCUCCUCCUCGCCUCCGGCCGUGGUCCACUGGACCCGGGCCUCCGUCCCGUUCCCUUCGUGUUCACCGCCACGCUCCCGGUGAAGCUCCUCCCGGGUGCCGCGGCAGGGGCGGAGGAGAAGGUUUCUUUGCCUCUCCUUUCUUCAAGUAUCAAGGUCGCCAUCAUGGUGGCGCUCCUCCAAGUUUUCCGCCGCCGAAAGGACCAGAUGCACCCUUACGCGACCUUUGCCCUCUACGGCAUCUACAUUUACUGCUUCCUCGACUCCCUGCUGCCGUGCCUCGCCGCGCUGGGGCGCGCACUGAUGGGCAUGGGUCUGGAGCCGCAGUUCGACAAGCCGUACCUCUCGACCUCGCUCCAGGACUUCUGGGGCCGGCGCUGGAACCUCAUGGCCUCGGCCGUGCUCCGGCCGGCCGUCUACAUCCCUGUCCGGGCGCGCCUCGGCGCCCCCGCCGGCGUGCUCGCCACGUUCCUCGUGUCGGGGCUCGUGCACGAGGUGGUCGUGUACUACAUCACCUUCCGGCUUCCCACGGGGCAGCUCACGGCCUUCUUCCUCUUGCACGGCGCGUCCAUGUGCGCCGAGAGGUGGUGGGCACGGAGGUGGCCCAACGCAAGUAGGCUGCCGCGCGUGGUGGCCACGCCGCUCGUCGUGCUCUUCGUGUUGGCCACAGCGUUGUGGCUCUUCUUCCCGCCGCUCUUCGGGAACGGGAUGGACGACCGCUUCAUCGCCGAGUUCAACGCGCUGUCGGCGGCCUUGGUGGAUGCCGGAGGGAGGCUGCUCCGGCUGGCCGGGAUAGGUCGCUAGAGAGACUUGCUAGGUCGGUCCACGGAGAAGAGAGACGCUGCGACCGCAGAGGCGCAGACAGAGCAAUGCAAGCAAGGCUGAGCGUUCUUCGUAUCUUGAAGCGCGUCUACUGUUUAGGAAUGAAAAAUCCGCGUGGACAAAUAAAAAAGGUUCUUGGAAGGGCGCUUGUAAUUCUAUCUGCUAAUUAUUGCUCUAUUGAUUUACUACAGAGGAGAUGGUGUAUUAUGUAUAUAUACAGUCGAAUUGAGAAUGGCAACAUGCCCAUGCUGCUAAUUAUUGUUUAA